AUGGCUAAUACCGAUGAUAAUUUCUUUAAUUGUAUCGAAUUUAAUAAUCUUACUCUUAAUAUAAAAAAUGAUAAUGAUGCCUCAGAGUUUAUUUCAGUAAGCGCGAAUAUUUGUCCUGGAAUCUCUGACACUUCAUAUAUUGAAAUUAAAAAGUUGCAGAAAUUACUCGUUAGCCGAAAAAAUGAUAUUAAUCAUAUACUGAAAUCACAACCUGUAUAUGCUAUAGGAAUUGACUUCCAAAAAGACUCUACCGAACCAUGCAUUGCCUGUUGGGUUGCUAAGCCUCUUGACAUUACAAUUCUGGAAUGCCUUGAAACUAUGUUUGAAGACCAAUUUGAAGUCAUAUACCAAAUUGUAAAUCCUGUAAAUGAAAAUGAAAACGAUAAUAUCCAGAGUUCAAGUGAAUCAUCAAAAAGCAGUAUCGAUAAUAAGAUCCGUAUCUCCUCCACUGCCGGUGUUCAAGUCGUAGAUCAAAAAAAUCCAAAUGUCCGUCAGAAUUUUAACAUUUCUGCUAAUCUCUGGGCAAAUACUGCACCUUUUAAAAAUGAAAAUAGCCUACACUAUCAUCUUGAAAUACUUGGUUGUGGAGUGGGAAAUAUUCUUAGUCAUCGAUGGAAAGCACUUAAAAAGCUAGGUUUUGGUUAUGUUCUUCAUUCGCUUAAACUUCAUGUUUCUUCAGUACCUGAUAAUACAUUCAUGUUAAAAGAAGGUUCACAGCCUAAACAGCCAAAUCGAGUUUUUGAAGUGUUAAAAGGUCACGAAACAAACAUUAAUGCACAAGCUGGAGGAGCAAGUUUUGGUGUAAAAAAUAUUCAUAAUACUAAGUCCUCAUUAAAUAAGUGGAACUUAUUUUAUGAAGGUCCUGUUGAUGGAGAUUGUUGGACAUAUAUAUAUGCUGAUAAUGACCUUGACAAAGAUAUUAAUUCAAGAAAAAGUUAUACUCCUGAUGAAACCCAUUCUGGAAAGUGGAUUAUCUUUAAAGAUAUGCGUGAAUUUCAUGUUACUAUUACACAAGUAUUAUGCUGUGAGUUUAAUGGUUGGCGUCGUCGAUUCUUUCCACUUCCACUUAUAGGACCAGAGUUAUUACGGUUCUACCCUAAGAUAAAUCAUAGUCUUAAAGUGACUUUUAAAGAUAUUAAAAAUUUUAACGAAAACUUUACAAGACUCUCAAAUGAAAUUCAUCACAAUAAUAACAAUAUUAUUGAUAUUGCUAUUGGAAACAAUAAAACGGAACUUACUGAAAAUUCAAACAUUCAGAAUUCGGAUAUUAUCGAAC